UGCAUUCAGAUAUGUGCUAUGCAAAUGACAUGGAAAAAUGCUUUGCUGAAGAAAUCUUCCAUGAUAGUCAAACCAACAGGUAGAAGUUAAAGGAGAAUGCGAGUGUGCAAUGAAGGGCAGCAUGCUACAGCAGCACCUGACUGUGGGACUGUUCCUCCUUUCUGAUCUCUUCCUAAAAGGUUUGACGUCUAUCAUUGUAGGUCCUUCGAUGUUGAAUGCUUCGCUUGGCAAGACGCUGAGUGUAAAGUGUCAAUAUAAAGCAGGUUAUCAUAACUACGUUAAAUACUGGUGCAAAGGCUCUGAUUGGGGUUCCUGUACAUACGUCGUUAAGACUGAUGGGACUGAGGAAGAAAAUAGAGUUGGCAGAACUGUUAUCAAGGACAAUCACACGGAACUUGAAUUCACAGUGAGAAUGGAGACCAUCACAAAGGAAGAUGCUGGCAUUUAUUGGUGUGCCAUAGAAAAAUACGCAUCUGAUUUAAAUUGGAAAGUAAAUAUUACAGUAACCAUAGAGCUGCCACCUACCAGUAUGACAACAACGGGAUCUAUUUCCACCACCUCAACCUUCCCUACUGAAACUACACAGAGAAGUCCAAAUAAAGACGUUGAUCUCAUCAUCCUGCUACCCGUGCUUCUUGGGUUACUGAUACUAAUUUUAGGUGGAACGACACUGUUGAUGUGGAAGCUAAAGAAGAAAAAAGUUACUAAAAACUCUAAGGUUUCUCCUUCAUCUGAUCAAGCCACAGAUGGCACAGAAGUGGCAUAUACAACUGUGAUACCAACUCGGUCUUUUGCUCCUAAGUCUCAGGUUUCUGAAAACACAGAAAAGGUUGAUUAUGCGUCCUUCAGAUUUUCUACCUUAAAUGACCAACCUAUCUACGCUAAUGCGUGAAAAGAAGACAAUCAAGCCACUCCUGAGAAGUUCUCAUUAUAGGAACUGGAAAAAGAAAGAUUCAGAACCUUCUCUGUCGUCCUGUUCCAGCUGCUCCAAUAGAAGACCGCAACCCUUCGGCAUCCCUUACAUUACUGCAGAGAUGCAAUAAAAUAAAGGCCAUCCUUUUGACCUAAGUGGAAUGGCACUCCAGAGCCAUCUUCAGUGACUUGUGUGUUAAGCCAGAGUAUCUAAAAACUGUCCUUCUGGGCUACAACGUCCACAAUUCCACAGCCAAGCCACCCACCGGUUUGUGUGAUAUGUUUUGUUGUUCAACCCUUUGAAAAUCCCCUGGUUUUGCUCCUCCCUUAGGACAAUCUUGCCAAUAGCCUCAGGAUUCAUUCAAGCACAGAGACUAUUUAAAUCCAGCAGAGUACCUAAGCGAUUCUGCAGGUAAAGAUUAGUAUCUGAGUAACCUGGCAGGUAAACAUCCUUGCUUAGGGUUUUUUUUCCCCCCAUCAGUUGUAGCAGAAGGAAAUAAAAGCUAUAGAUUUCUUCUAUUGGUUCUGCUGUGAGGCCACCA